CGUUUAACUGAUGUCAAAUAUUCAACUGAGGUACUCUGCUAGCUAAAAUAAAGAAACCCCCAAACAAACAAAAAAACUAAUUUGUUGAGUGCUUUUGAAUUUAAUGAACAUAGGUGCUUAAUCGGUUAAAAUUAAGUUAAACUAUUAAGUGAACUUCAGCUUAUAAUGAAAGUAUAAAAUAUGUCACUGAAGAAAUUUGGGUACCCUUAGAAGGGGGUGAUUUGGGCUAAAUAAACUUCCUUUCAUACCAGCUGAAUUUCUCCGAGUCUGUUUUCAUAGGUGCCUGCCUGGAGGACAAAGCGAUUUCUUGCAGACAUUCUACUUGCUAACUUCAGUACAAACGUAAAUAAAAAGGCAAUAAUUCUUAAACCCACUCGAGAAGAUAAAAGUAAAAAAGUUUGCGAUUGUUUGCAAAGCGUUAUUAUACCCCAAAACCAGCAGUUGUGGCAGAAAUGCCUCUUUCCCCGUCAAACGCAGCGUCCAAUCAGUCCUGCAGAAGUCAAAAUUGAGUUUGUGAUAUAACUGACGAAUCAGCUAAACGCAACAACAGCGCCCGCGGCUGUCUCCGGUAUCGAUUAGUCCCGCCUGCUACUUUUGCCGCUUUGGGUACCAUCUUUGUGGGGGGCGGCUGAAGGCUGCGAGACGUUGAUUUCUUUGCCCGACCUUAGGAGGAGCAUGUCCGUUCUGCUCAAAUCGAGCGAUUGCUUCUGCCUGUAAGUGGCGCGGGCCAUGAAAGAUGGCGGAGUGUUUUGGCGGCGACGACCGGAUUUCUCGUCCCUCAGGAUGGUUGGGACAAGUUUGGUGCCUCAGGCGAGUCGGCAUGAAUGAAGAAUGGCUGCUGCUGGAGGAUGGGAGCGAGGUAACUGUAGGUCGAGGAGGUGGUGUCACUUACCAGCUGACAUCAAAAUCCUGUCCACUGAUGAUCUCUCGGAACCAUUGUGUUUUCAAGCAAAAUGCCAGUGGCCAGUGGACCGUGAUGGACAACAAGAGUCUAAAUGGUGUCUGGCUGAACUGUGAACGCAUUGACCCUUCAAGGGCCUAUAUUUUACGAGAGGGGGACUUCAUCCAAUUGGGUGUGCCUUUAAAACACAAAGAAACUGCUGAAUAUGAAUAUACAGUAAUAAAAGAAGAAAGGAAGAUGAUUAGCCCAUUUUUAGCACUGAAAAAUGACCAGAUGACAGAGAGAGUAAAGGACAGAACUAAACGUAAAAUUAGCUUGGAGGAAUCAGAGACAUCUGGAGCCGAAGGGCCUUCCCAUUCUAGAUCCAAGAGAGAUCGAGUAUCCUCUGAUAAUGACUCUUUGGGGAAAUCUCAGGAAGGCAGUACUGAUCUGUCUAAACCACCAAUGGAAAACACGGAAACCAUAGUACUAUUCUCAUCAAAACCAAGCAAGAAGGAGAAGAAGAAAAACUACUGUAACUCAGUUCAACCGGAUCAAGUAUUUCUCAACUCUAAGGACCAAAAAAACCCAAGUCUGGCACAGUCUUGGAACAAUUUGGAACAAGUAAUAAAAACUCUGGAAGACAUGACCAAGCUCAAAGCCAAAGUGCAGGCGAAGCAGAUCGCAGUCUUGACUGUAAAACAAAAUCCCAAAUUUGCUCCAGAAGAGAUUCAGGUAUUGGAGCAGGAGCUACAACAACUGCAAGAACAAUUAUGUACUGAGCAGCAGCAGCAGCAGCAGCAAGUAGAACAGUUAGAGAAAACUUUCAGUGAGGAACUACAGAGAGCAAACAAAGAACAUGGAGAAGAAAGACUGAAGGACCAACUAGCUCAGGUUCUCCUACAGCAUCAGGCUCUGAUGGAAGAACUGAACCGUAAUAAGGAAGAUUUUGAAGAAAUAAUUAAAGCCAAGGAUAGGGAAUUGAAAAAAACCAAGGAAGAGAAGGAGAAAGCAAGAGCACAAAAAGAGGAGGCACUGAACCAGAUGAAUGAUGUAUUGGAGAAUGAGCUGCAGUGUACAAUUUGCUCUGAACACUUUAUUGAGGCUGUCACUCUAAAUUGUGCACAUAGCUUCUGCUCAUAUUGCAUUGAUGAAUGGAUGAAACGUAAGGUGGAGUGUCCAAUAUGUAGAGGGACAAUAUUAUCCAAGACUCGGUCACUAGUUCUGGACAACUGUAUUGACAAGAUGGUGGAAAAUUUGGAUGAUGAGACAAAGUACCGUCGCCUGUCCCUUAUUCAAGAGAGAAAAGGAAGGCGGGUUGUUCCACCAAGCCCACCAUCAGACAGUGAGAGCAGUAGUCUUGCUUCUUCUUCAGACAGUGAGAGCAGUAGUCUUACGUCAACAUUAGAUAGUGAGAGCAGCAGCUUUUCAUCUAUGCAUUCCCUCAGUAGCAUUUUCACAAGCAGCUCUGAAAGCGAUGAUUCUGAGGAUGACUCUGAUAGUCCCCAUGUGAUAUGAAAAUCUGCUCUGCAUGUGUGCAGCUUUUUGAAAUCUCCUCAGGAUAGUUUCUGUGAGGAAAAAGGGUAUUUGGAACAAAGAAGAUGUGGAAUUUUAAAUUGUGGAUUAAAGGAGCUUUGCAGGAUCCUGUUCCUUUCUUCAUUGCAUAUAUGGGUAUCUUUACUUCCAAAAGUCCAACUUUUCAGUUGUAUGACUCAUUUGUCACACUGGACUCAUGGAGAUUAUACCUUGUCUGUUCUUGCUAUGAAAACUAGGGCUAUGCAAACCUAUCUGAAAGAUGCUUCACAGCAUAAAGGAAUGCGUAAUGAAAAACUCCUGUUUGAAUCAACCAAACUGCUAACAUAUUUUUCUCCAAAUUCAUGUUUUCUUUUCUACACUCAAGUGAAAAAAGCAGGAAUAACUUCCAGAGCAAAUGCAUGAACCUGGCAAAACAUAGCUGUUUAUUGAUUACAAGAGUAGUGCUUCAUACAUGCUUAUGUAUGUUACGAAGCAGAUUUUUUCAAAGGUUUUCAUAGCUUGAAUAAAAAUUGCACAAGCUUGAAUAUCACAAGCUUGAAUUUUCUCUCAGUAACUUUAACAAUGAUUGUUGGUCAACUGAAUUGUAUACUAUGAUAUAUAUGUCUAAUGGUUCAUAAGCAGAAUAAGAAUGGUAGCCUCAGUUAUAACUUUAAAACAUGUUGAAAAUAAUUGUUAAAGUUUGCAGGAACUGUACUGUGUUUUUCAUAAAAAGAUAUAAAUCGAUUUCUUCAAUUUCUGUUGCCAGUAUAUAAUAAAAUUAAUCCAAAACUUUAUGUGAGGGGAAAGUAACUAUCUUGAGAUUAAAGUGAAGAAAACCACCUGGAAAAGCAGAGUGAAGAAGGUGCAUUUCUGAAUAAACGGAAGAUCACACAAUACCAGUGUUCUAGAAUUUCACGGUCAUAAGUGUACAACAUCCAUGUUCCAGGCUUUGGAUUCAGACCAUCAAGCAAUUGACUAUGCCUGCUUUUGUUUUACUUGAUAUUACUUGAAGACAUUGUUUUAUUUAUUUAUUAAGGUGCAAGAUAUAAAAAA